AUGGAGAGUCCUUCCUUGUGCUACUUUGCAUUAGCAACAUUUCACUUCUGUUUUAUUAUCAACCUCGUUUUCAUAGGCCAAGCAACUGAUUCCCCAGAUUACACACUGAUACACCAGGAAUCAGAUUACGAGAUCAGACUAUAUGAAGAUAUCUGUUGGAUGUCUGCUCCUGUUGUCCAAGGAAUUUCUUUCCAGAAAUCUACCAAAGCUGGCUUUCACAGGCUUUAUCAAUACAUUCAUGGUGCAAACCUCAACGCUAGUGAACUUGCCAUGACUGCUCCUGUUCUAACAAGCAUCACACAGGCACCAAAUGGAUCUUCAUGCUUUGUAAAGUUGUCUCUGUCAACUGACUACAAAGGGACCUAUCCACAACCGAAUCCCGAACUUAAUUUGCAGUUAGAAAAAUGGGAAGCUAAGUGCAUUGCAGUUAGGAAGUUUUCUGGGUUUGCUGAGGACGAUAACAUUAAGGAAGAAGUACAAGCUCUUGAAACUACUCUACAUGACCACUGGAAUGGAACUUUAGAAAAUAAAAGUUCCUACACCAUUGCCCAAUACAAUGCUUCCUACCAUCUCUCUGGGCGCUUAAAUGAAGUAUGGAUGAUUGUUUCAGGCUUCGGAGCAUAA